AUGGCGGCUUUGAAACUUGGUGAAUCGUCACAAGUCACGUAUGACGAAUCACGUCGAGCACUUUGCUCAAGCUUACACGACGGGACCGAUAGGCCCCAAGCCGCAACCCUUCACAACCUAUACCCAUACCAGCGUCGGGUGCACCCCACAUCCAUUCCACCGCAGCGGCAAAACGCGUGCAUGGCUGGGGACAUUCCUUCGCGACGACGAAAACAGCGGUCGAGGCAUGUCUCUAGGGAGCCUCCCAAAGCUAGCUUCGAGGAUGGCACGGAUUUCAUCCCCCUUGACGGCGACGUGGACGGCGAAAAGCACGCACGAAGGAAGGGCAAGCAGCGGAGCCGUUCUCGUUCCAAAUCGCCACCCGUGAAGAGAAUGCGAGGCAUGGAUGGGCAGGAGGAUGCGAAGGCAGGCCGACGAGAUGAUCGCAUAGAGGGAAGUAGCAACGAGCGGGAAUGGGACCGAGGCAAACGCUCUUACCCCCUGGUAUUCGACUUCGAGGAAGGUUCAGCCUCUAAAAGGCGGAGGGUGGAGCCGUCGGAGCGGUUUACGCCUUGGAUUGACCAGGUGGACUGGAAGAGCUGCAAAAGUCCGGCUGAAUUGUUUCAUCGUGAAGUCGAGAGCUUCGUCAACUGGAUCUCCCCGAGCCCACAAGAGGACGAAAUUCGCGGGCUUGUUGUGAAGAUUAUAUCGCGUUUUGUAACCCAACGCUUUUCGGACGCGGAGGUCCUCCCCUUUGGCAGUUUUGCCACGAAACUAUAUCUGCCUACUGGCGACAUUGACCUCGUCAUACGAUCUCAAUCCAUGGCUUACUCUCCUACCCAAAUCGUGCUCAGUGCACUUGCCACUGUCAUCCGCCGCUCUGGAUUGACCGACGGCAAAGUCACCGUUAUAGCCAAAGCCAAAGUCCCCAUCGUCAAAUUCGUCACCACCGCCGAGUAUGGCCACUUCAAUGUCGACAUCAGCAUAAACCAAGACAGCGGUCUCGCGUCCGGCCAAAUCAUCAACAACUUCCUCUCCGACUUUUCGGGCACUUCCUCAAGAAACUGCCUCGCGCUCCGGGCCCUGGUCCUGCUGACCAAACUCUUCCUCACGCAACGCCAGAUGAACGAAGUCUAUACCGGCGGACUGGGCUCAUACGCGAUUGUGUGUCUCUGCAUAUCGUUCCUGCAAAUGCACCCAAAGAUUCGCUUUGGACAAAUCGACCCGGACACAAACUUGGGGGUCCUCGUUAUCGAGUUCUUCGAGCUUUACGGACAUCGCUUCCAUUACGACGAGGUCGGUAUAUCUUUGCGGAAUGGCGGGCAGUACUUUGGGAAGCGACAGCGGGGCUGGGGCGACUGGGGCGGUAAUCGGAGAGGCUCAAGUCUGUCGAUUGAAGAUCCUGGUGACCCAUUCAACGACAUUUCCUCUGGCUCGUAUAACUUCCACAACGUCCGACAAAAUCUUGCGGGUGCCCAUGACAUCCUGCUGACCGCCGUCUUUUCCAAAGCCGGCAUUUUGGCUGCGAGAAAGAAAGGGACUGCGACUUUGCUGAGGGCCGAGUACGAAUCAGGCGACAUGUCGAUACUGUCCGCCAUGCUUGGAGUUGACCAAAAAACAAUCAAUAAUCGAUUGCUCGUGAAGCAGGUCUACGAAAGCCAGGCACUGCACAAGCUUCUUGGGGUCGAGCCCAAGCUUGUCGAUCCUCGUCAAUCUCCACUCCCGACGACACCGUUGCAUGAAAUCAGCAGCGAAACGGCGUCUUGCAAGAAAAAGAAGAGAAAGAAGCCUAAGAGCAAGAGUGUCGUGGUGGUGCAGGAGGACAGUGGGAGCAGAAGCGGGACGGGGAGCGGGCCACAGUCGCGUGCUGCGAGUGUGAGUGUUCGUGACGCAUGGGCUGAAGCAGACAGAGAGGAGGAAGUAGCGCACGUUUCUGAUGGAAGCGAUGAAGCGGGGCACCAAGCAGACGGGCGGUAUUCUGUGGGAUCCCCGUCCAAAAAGCGACGGAAGUUGGAGGAUCGCAUUGUGGUCUAUACGAUGGAUUCGGAGGAAGACACCGACGAGGAGGGACUUGUCUCCGUCAAAAAACCGCCAAGCAAAAGCACAAGGAGGGGUAUGGGUAGCAGGGCUUCCAGCGGAAGCUCAUCGCUGGGGUCUGCGGAGAGGAGGGAUUACUGGUUGUCGAAAGGGAUCGGCCCUAGCGAGGGGAGCAGUGAUUGA